CAGUGAGUUCGCACGGUUCGCACAUGUUGCACAGUGCACGUGCACACAAUGCACACGUAUUAAUUAGUAAACACGAUACGAGAUCUGAUGUUUGUGUACGAGAGAGAUUAGAUUUUCCUCAAAGUUUUGCGAAUGUAGAAUGUAGGCAAGUCGCAAUUAAGAUAAAUUUCGUAUGCGUAUAAUUAAAGCUGUGCAACACGUUCGGAUUUAGACAGUCCCCUGGUGAAGGAUUUUCUGUCAGGUAUUGUCUUUAACAACAAGUCAGAGAUAUGGCUGGUACCAUGAGACAAUUGGAGGAACGUUUGCUCCCUGCAGAGGUGACGACGAUGCUGUGGUCACCGAAAAUGGAUCUUUUAGCCAUUAGCAAUGUCAAAGGUGAAGUGGUCCUUCAUAGGCUUCAGUGGCAGAGAGUAUGGUUGUUGAGUCCUCAAGAUGAAUCCGAUACCGCUGCCCAUUUGGCGUGGAGACCAGAUGGAAAGCUGCUCGCAGUAUGCUACGAGAUUUCCAAGCUAUUGUGUCUCGUUGACGUCGAGACUAAAAAUGUUAUUCAUAAAACCAAAUUGCCUGCGAACGACGUGACCGUUUGCGUUAAGUGGUUGUCCCUGUCUAAUACCGAACAGGAAAGUUCACUAGCAAAUGAUAAAACUAAUAAACCUACAGGCGAAUAUCUGCCACUUCUGCCCAGUUUAAUCAGAAGUUAUAGUACGGAACCUGAGCGGAAAGAAUUUUUAUCUAACAUCCUAGAUAUGCUCUUUAUUGGUCAAAAAGAUGGCACAGUAUUAAUGUACAUUUUUGGCAUGUUUUAUUGUGGCACUAUAACUGUGGGCCAUGGACCAAUCUUGCAGAUCACAGGUGGAUCUAAUAACCCAAUAUGGAUUACAUGGAGAGAUGAUACGUGCGUUAAGACAACUAGGGUAUCUUGUCCAUUAUUUGAGAGAAGCUCAGCGUUUCUUAAGGUUGCGCAAACUCAAGCCAACAUAGAAUGUUUGAAAGAUUAUCUCUCACGUACCUUAAUGGCCACUUGCGAAGCUUGGGAAACGAUACUCUUGGAAAUGGAUGAAAAACUCACGCGAUAUGCAGGGGCAAAUCUACCUGGUACUAUGUCUGCAGACUUUUUGGAACUAUUGAUGAUCGGAAUACCGACGAAAAAUUUAGAAACUUUCCUACUUAGAGAUCUCACAGAGAAAGGAUUAAAAAAAUUCGGACAAAGUAUUGAAAUGUGUUAUAGUAAUAUACAGAAACUGGUCUCGAAAAAUUUAACUAGCGUCGGUAUGGCCUUGGUUUAUCAGUUAGCUGAGUUAAGAGGUAUGGUGAGAAUAGGUGGCACAUAUGAAGCGUUAGGAUUACGCGACGAAACACUCAUAACCAAUGCCAUUAAUGAAUCUGAGGCUUUCUUGGCAAAAUCAUAUGAGAUUGAGCAAGUUAUAGAUCAGAGUAUGCGCAAUUACAAAGCAUUUUUCCGGUGGUUAUAUGUAGCCAUUCUCCAACUAGCUGAUGAAAGAGCACCAUCGGAAGUGUGCCGUGUAAGUCAGCAGGAAUUAACAUUUAUCGCAGAAUUUCUGAGUGAUUUUGACAAGCCAAGAGCGAACGGCAGGGUAAAUUUAGAAAAAUUAGGUCAAUAUUUACGUCGUGAAAAUCUACAAACUCCCCUGACUUCGGAGGGAAGCGAAUGGGCUGCUAUGCUUGAUACAAACGAUUGCUUGUGCAAUUAUGGACAUAUAGUAAAGCAGAAUUUCAAUUUAUCUUUACUACAAUCUCACGUAAAAUUAGUCUCUGCUGUAGAACAUGUUUUCGCUGAAGCCUAUCAGAGCUUAGUUGAUCACUUUGUAAUGAUCUCUAUCUCUCUACCAUCAUUCACAUCUCUCAUGUUGUCCUCGCAAAUUGUAAUAAACGAUGGAAAUCUUUUAUUAGCUAUGAGCGAUACUGACAGCAAAUUUUUAAGACUUUUUAACAUAAAGUAUUCGUCUACUGAAUCUGUACCUCUUAGUUCAAAGACGGUUACAAUAGACGUGAGUCACAAGCAAGGAGAAUCUCCAAAUGAAAGAGAGAGUGUCGAUACUGUGAUAGUAGAUCUGCAAUUUUACUCGCAAGAUUAUCUUAGCUUGCUUAUAUUAAAUAAACAAACUCACGCAUCGUUUCUCAUACAAAUGCCAUUACACGGUAUAUCUGUGCUUGAGUAUGGAGACAAUGAUGGUACAGCAUCGAUAACCGAUUUCAUCGGUGCGACGUUGCCGAAACCGUUUCAAGGAAUAUCUGCGAGACGACUAGCGGUCAGUGGUCCUCGGAAAGUAGCUGCUAUUUUAAGUGAAAAUAAUAGAAAGAUUCGUUUACUCGAGACUGAAGCGGAACCUGAGGAUGAAGACGAUGAGGAGGAGGAAGGGCGUUCUGGGGAAAACAUGAUGGAUACCACACCUAGUGUAUCUUUUUCUGCAGAAGAAACAAAAACUGAUGUUCAAAAGUUUUAUAAGGAAGAAAAUAGCUGAGGUGGAAGUAAAAUAUGUUUAAGGUAUGAAUAAUUUGUACAUGCAAAAAGAUGACUACAAAUAAUAAUUUCUUGUGUAAUUGAAAAAUCUUGAUUUAAUUAUUUUUCAAAUUUUGAAUAAAUAUAGAGUUAUUACAAGAUAUAGUAUAUUUAUUAAGUAUAUUUCUAAAAUACAUGUAAAAUACGUUAAAAUUAACUAAACGUUAUUAGUUAUACAAUAAGAGAGAGAAAGCAAAUAUAAUCUGUUACAAAAUAUACAUUUAUAUAUGUACAUAUAAGGAUAAAGAAAAACA